AGAAGGAAGAGCCCAGGACCCAACUGCUACCUGGGGCCCAGCGCCGCUGGGCUGAGCGGCCCCGGGAGGAGAAUGGAAACAUGCCCGGGAGAAGCGCGUGAAAACCCCGCGGGAGGGGAGCGAGCGAGCGGCGGUGAACGCACUUGGCGAUGCGAGAAGAGUGCCUCGGAGGGGGAGGGUAAAUCUCCAUCUGUUUGGUGUGUUGCUCGGCGUGAUGUCAGCUGUAUCCUAAGGACACUCUCCCUCUGUCAGGAAGUGCACUGGCUGCAGCUGAGACGUGAGGCGGAGGAGGGGACGCCGAGGCAGGCAGUCCGUGCAGGGGUGUGUGUGUGUGUGUGUGUGUGUGUGAAGGAGUUUGGAGCUCGCGGGUCAAGCAGGAGUGCCCCUUCCCUCCUUCGGUCCCAGCUGGAGCUGCACCUUGUAGCUCCGGGGUGGGAAGCGGCUGUUCUCACGGGGGGAUUAGUCUCCUCUCUCUAGAGGCAGAGGUUACAAACGCCCCCUGUGAACGGGGCGGAUUGGUAGUGAAGGCUUGUAACAAAAGUUUCUUUGAAUCGACUCCUAGUUUGGAGGUGACGAGGAGACAGGGAGGAAAAGAAAUUGCUCUCGAGCGCAAGGGAUAGCUCAUCUUAUACAUGCUGCCAUUUGCCAUGAAGAGAAAACAGAAGAGAUUUCUGCAAAUGACGUUGUUGUUCAUGAUGGCUUUAAUUUUCCUGCCUAAUAUUGGUCUGUGGUCCUUAUACAAGGAUAAACACCUAAUGAAAUCUCCAGAGCCAGGAGAGCAGCAGACGUUUCCACUGGGCCUGGGAGAUGGACAGCUCUAUACUUGGACUGAUGGCUUGAAAAGAAAAGACUGGCAUAACUAUGAAAGUAUUCAGAAAGACGCCUUGCGUACAGGAAAAGGUGAGCAUGGAAAACCCUAUCCUCUAACGGAGGAAGACCGUGAUGAUUCUGCGUAUAGGGAGAAUGGCUUCAACAUAUUUGUUAGCAACAACAUAGCUCUGGAACGAUCACUGCCAGACAUUCGACAUCCAAACUGUAAGCACAAGGUAUACUUGGAAAAGCUGCCAAAUACUAGCAUAAUUAUCCCAUUUCAUAAUGAAGGAUGGACUUCACUCUUGCGAACUAUACACAGCAUUAUCAACCGGACUCCAGACAUCCUUAUAGCUGAAAUCAUACUCGUGGAUGACUUUAGUGACAGAGAACACUUGAAAGAGAAGUUGGAGGAAUACAUGGCCCGUUUUGCCAAAGUGAGGAUUGUGCGCACCAAGAAACGAGAAGGGCUGAUUCGGACCAGACUGCUAGGAGCCUCGAUGGCUAAAGGAGAAGUCUUGACGUUCCUGGACUCCCAUUGUGAAGUCAACGUGAAUUGGCUUCCUCCCUUGCUUAACCAGAUUGCACUAAACCACAAAACCAUUGUGUGUCCCAUGAUCGAUGUCAUUGACCACAAUCACUUUGGCUAUGAGGCACAGGCGGGGGAUGCCAUGCGAGGAGCCUUCGACUGGGAAAUGUACUACAAAAGAAUACCGAUUCCUCCAGAGCUCCAGAGAUCUGAUCUCAGUGACCCCUUUGAGUCUCCUGUUAUGGCUGGAGGUCUGUUUGCUGUUGACCGAAAGUGGUUUUGGGAGCUGGGUGGCUAUGAUCCAGGAUUAGAAAUAUGGGGAGGAGAGCAGUAUGAAAUCUCCUUUAAGGUUUGGAUGUGUGGAGGUGGUAUGUUUGAUGUUCCGUGUUCUAGAGUUGGACACAUCUACAGGAAGUACGUCCCUUAUAAAGUUCCAUCUGGAACCAGCCUGGCACGAAAUCUGAAGCGUGUGGCAGAGACAUGGAUGGAUGAGUUUGCAGAGUACGUUUACCAGCGGCGGCCUGAAUACAGGCAUCUCUCAACAGGUGAUAUCUCAGCCCAGAAGGAGCUACGCAAGCACCUUAAGUGCAAGGACUUCAAGUGGUUCAUGGCUGCAGUGGCAUGGGAUGUCCCUAAAUAUUACCCCCCUGUGGAACCUCCACCUGCUGCAUGGGGGGAGAUUCGAAAUGUGGCAGCCAGUCUCUGUGUGGACAGUAAACAUGGGGCCACAGGGACGGAACUGAGGCUAGACAUAUGUGUAAAGGACGGCUCAGAACGGACGUGGUCACAUGAACAGCUCUUUACCUUUGGUUGGAGAGAAGACAUCCGCCCCGGGGAACCUCUUCACACCAGGAAAUUCUGCUUCGAUGCUGUUUCACACAGUAGCCCUGUCACACUCUAUGACUGUCAUGGCAUGAAGGGUAACCAGCACUGGAGCUAUAGGAAGGACAAAACUUUGUUCCAUCCGGUAAGCAACAGCUGCAUAGAUUGCAACCCAGCUGAGAAGAAGAUUUUCAUGAACAGAUGUGAUCCUUUAUCUGAAACUCAGCAGUGGAUUUUUGAACAUAUUAAUAUGACUGUUUUAGAAAAAUUUAACAGCAAGAACAGUUCCUAGGAGAAAAAGAGAUUACAUACAGAUUGCAACUGCAUUUUGGCCAGCAUCUGGGUCGAAGGAGUCAGGAAUUAAAUUUCCUAGAUCCAGGAAGUCUUUUCUGAGGAUUAAGCAAAUGCCACGGCAAAGGCCAAUGGGCAGUCAUUGUGGAUGUACAGUAUCUGAAGAACUUGGCUGAGAGUCUCACCAGAUGCUGAGAACUUUAGGCUGACAAUUCCCUUGCUGGCCAAGGGGAAAGUUUAUUUAAAAAACUUUUCAAAACAUUGAGUUAAUAAAUUGAAACAAAAUUCUAGAGUUUCUCAGGUCAAAUCCUGCUGUA